CGGAGCCUUGCUUGUGCUCGUGGGCGAGUGCAGCGCGCCCGCGGCUCUCAAAUCGAGAGCUUCAUCCCCCGCGACCAUUACCCUGAGCAUGUGAAAAGCGAUUAGCGCCACGGAGUGAUGACGGAGACGAACAUCUCCGGGAUGGACACCUCGGCGGCGGCGGCGGCGCUGCCCGACCUCAUACUCCUGCAGGUGAUCGGGCUGCUGCCCGCCGCCGACGUCGUGUCCAUCGGCCAGGUGUGCCGCCACUGGCGCCGGGUCGCCUUGGGCGAGGAGGUCUGGCGGCGCCGGGAGCUAGACGCGACCUGCGACGAGGCCGACGGCGGCCGCCAGCUGGUUCGCGUGCUGCGCUUCGCGCCCUGCCUCGCCGGCCUGAGCGUGGCCACCACCAGCUGGAGCAGCCCGCGGCACGCCGCCAGGGCCGCCGUCAAGCAGGCCCUGCUGCAGGCCGACUGCAAGGUGGAGCGCAUCACGGACGUGUGGUGCCAUGUGGACGGCGAGUGGGCCUCGGCGAUGCUGGCGGUGCACGCGGACCACGUGCGCGAGGUGGGCGCGUGCCACGUGGACGGCGCGCUGCUGCAGGCCCUGCACACCAUGGCGCUGCACCGCGCGCUCCGCGGCCUGCAGGUCUGGCACGGCGACGUCGCCCUGCGUGUCCAGGACGACGACCUGGCCUUCGACGAGGAGGACGGAGAGGGCCGGGGACAGGGCGGACUGCAGUGGGUGGACAUCUUCGACAUACCCCAGGCCACGACCCUCUCCCUGCUGCGAGCGCACCGCCGGACUCUCCAGGAGGUGACCCUGCACGUCGGUACCCCCGCGCCAUCCGCUGUGGGCUGGGGCUGGCGGCACCAGGACGACCGCUGGCCCGACACCUGCAGCCGGCUCCACUUGCAGCUGUCCGCGUGCAGCCUGCAGGCCCUCCAGUCCCUCUUCCUGGACCGCUACGGACGGUCGCACCCCUUGCCCGCCUGUGCCGCGCAGCUCGCCGACCUGAGGGGGGCACUCCCGGGCGUCACCGUGACGUGCCUUCAGUGCGAGGAGGACGCGAAGAGCAAGAAGACGUCGGGGGCCUCGAGUCCGUCCACCCCGAGCUUUGUACAGCAACCGGGCUCGUAGAACAAGAAUAUCCACAGACUGCGAUACCCCUUGACGGGAGCGCCGAUACUCCACACUCGAAUCAUGGCAAUGCGUGUAGCCAACAGAGCACAUCGAAGUUUCUUUCCGGGGUCACGUUGUGUCGGAUCGCCGAUGAUCCCUCUUACUCAUUGAAGCAUCAAUUUAUUACUUAUUUUAACCGUAUUAACAUACGAUUUCGACUGUAAAAACAAUUAUGCUGUACUGUGUUUCUAGUAAAUCAUAACAGUUUUAGGGGUGCACGUUGGUACUGAAUUUCUCAUGUUUAUGCUAUGUUAGUGUUGGUGAAUCAGGAAGAAGGAUACAUUUUUGCUCGAAAUGUGUUCUAUUUGUGCGUUUUGCUCAAUUUCCUCGUGUAAAAAUUGAUCAAAUACACAGCAUCUUAUUUCUCUUGGUCGGGAAGCUCUUGAAGGUACGUGUGCAUCGAGCUUAUCGCGGAAUGAAAAUGUUUCACCACCGUGCAAGUGAACCAAGCAGCCAACGAUUGCCAUUACGUGAUGUAAACAAUUCUUUCUCAAUCCCUCACUAUUCCAUAAAGUGCAUGGACAUACGAGACAUCAAAUGUUAUUAAGCAGUAUUGUUGACUCAGACGUUACGUUACCGCAUUUUUAACCCCUAAGUGUAGGAGUCACUUCACAUCUUUUCCCCAUACACUUAUUUGGGAUGAACAGGACUUUCCUUCUGUCUGCUAUGUGUAUACUACAGUGUAAAAUGCAAUCAUGUGAAUCAAAUCCCCCAAAUAAAAUACUUUAUUUCCUGUCCGUU